CGCUACUUGGUGACUGAGCUAGAUAUCGUUCACGAUGACGAGCAAGCUUGCACCAACACUCACGAAACAAGGGCUUGUUAAUUUCGCCGGCGCGACGCCCGAGUCGAAAGCGACGGUCGAACGCCUCUUGGAAGAGGACAGGCAGAAGCACCAUUGCUUCUGGGGUACAGUCGGCUUCCACAAUCAUCUCAGUCACCAUCUGCUUGCAGCCUAUGACUUUGGUGCGACGGCGAAACAGCUGCAGGCCAUCUACGACGCGGAUAAGGACGGACUUGACCCUAUCCAUCUCGCCGAUCGUGCAACCAAGACUGUCGAAGAGCAGCAUGUGACGAUCAUCGCUGAGAACUGGACGGAGUACUUAGGGCAAGAGAAAUACUAUGCUAGCCUGCUGACAUUCUUCACUGCUGCUGUUGAGAGACUGGGAAUAGGUGAGACCUUGGAACAGUACGUCUUCUCCCCGGCCGCCAACGGUAACGGGGCGCAUAUGCUCCUGAGGUUCGUCAGUGGAGCUGCGCAUCCUUUGAUCCAGGCAGGUUACGCCGCCGAGUUCGGUACUGGCGCGUUGAUGGCACAAGCACUCGCGCAGGCCGCCUGCCACUCUCCCUACAUACCCGAGUUAUUCGAUCUUCGCCCGCAGACCAGAGCAACCAACGGUCAUGCCUCACACAGCGCUGGGCCGGGGCGCCAACCCGCUCAUGGGCUCUCCCUACUCGAAAUCGUGCGCGAAGUAUACGACUCCCCUACCAUGAAACCGGUCAUGCCAUACGACCCCGACGCAUCCCUGAGUGAACGCUCGGGGAGCGCACGCAAGGACGGGCGUCCGGAGGAGAUCAUGCGUCUCUCGAACCUUUGGUUCGUAGACGCGUCCCGGGGCCAGGCCGAACUCGACGAAAAGGUCGAGGAGCUCAUCUGGCUCGGGACCCUUCUGAUGGCGGGCACAAGCAAGCCUGGACGCAAGCCGCGGCUUGACUUCUUCCUCAUGCACAUGGUGACAAGCAGCCUGUUCGUGCUGUCCCUGUUGCAGGUGAUCCCAAGCAUAGAGUCCAAGACGACGCUCGUGCGCGCGGUGCUCCCCGUCGUCCUCAUGUACAUGACCGUUCGUGGCCGGCCGCGCAUUGACCCAGCUCUCCUGAUGUCCUAUACUGCGACUCCACGGCCACCGACGAGGCAGGGCUUGGCGUCAUGCCAGCGGGGCGCUUCUGCCGUUGGAGACCUUGCGCAGGAUGACUAUGUGAACCCUUGGCCGGAGAUCGUCGCCUCAGUCGUGCAAGCCCCUGAAGCACACAUAGUCAAGGCUAUCCGCACGCUCUAUUAUGCUGCGCAGAAGUACGGUACCACCCCGCCUGGGGGCGCCAUUGGAGCGUUUAGGCGAGACGGGGCGGAGACGCACGCGGGUACGGCCAAAAUGGACGGCACGAUCUUUAUCAGGGCGGCUGGCGUGGCGAUGGAGACGCUCGGCUGGGUCUCACACGGCCAGAAGGAAGGAGAAUGGGACCGCAGCGCGCUCGGGUGGGACGAUGCCUGGAACACACCAGAUGCAGAGUGAUUAUGUCAAUUUCUACGUGGGAAAGUGCCGAAUGUACAAUUAGUAUAGCAGUACGGCGAAAUUCUGGAGCCCCCUCUCAUACAUGCUCUGUAGUAUUAGCGGAAUGGUUUUAACUAUUAGCCUAAAGUCGAGCGUGAAUUUUUUGGAGGAGAAUAUUAGCGUCAUCUUCAUCUAAUUCUUCUCGCGCUUCAAGCUCCAGCUUGUGCAUCUCCUUCUGAGUCAAAGCAAGCGUUACAUGGUCCCCCGCGAACGCCUGUGGCGCCGUUUCGUGAAAUUUUGGAGCCGGAAUGAUGUGGUAGUGAACAUGAGGCACUGCUUGCGCAUAUUCUUGGUUGCAAACCACAUUUAGUGCGGUAUGUUCCAGAGCUCUAGUCAAUGCAUGGGACACUUUAGAGAUGGCUAUACCAGUAGCCGCGGCGAAUUCUUCGGGUAGCUCUGACACACGAGGCACAUGAAUCUUUGGGAUCACGAGUGUAUGUCCCGGACGUAAUGGUAAGAUGUCUAGAAUCGCUAUUACUUUUUCAUCUUCAUAUACCCUGAAAGCUGAGCCUUCGCUCGUGAUGACCCUGCAGAAGGGACAUUCUGGAUGGUUCUGCCACGACUGGGGAAGCUGUCUAUUCUCGUGCGCUUUGAUGAUGAACGAGGUCAUGGUGGAAGAAUAGUGUAGCGCAAACCAAGUGCUCUUCAAC